AUGAUAUUUGCAUAUAAGGUCACUCUUAAUUGUAUUUGCAUCGUUUACCCGACCGUACUUAUCAACCGCAAGUACGACGUGAACUUGACCAACUACACCGAGCUGCACAAGUGGUCCGUUGACGAGAUCGAGUCCUUUUGCCACGACAUUUGGACCUUUUGCGGCCUUGUAUACACCAAGCCUCCGACAGCCGUCGCCGUUGGCAUCGAAUCUAUGUGGCCACGGCCACGAUGGUUCCCAGGUGCCCGGCUUAACUACACGGAGAAUGUACUGAUUAAAGGUCUAGCUGCCCACCCGGAUGCGGUUGCUGUAUCAGCGUGUCGCGAAGGGGGAACUGAAUGGCGCUAUCUAACGUGGAUGGAGCUCCGCCGCCAUGUCGCCUUGUACACGAGUGCCUUGAGACACGUGGGAGUCAAGCAAGGGGAUCGCGUAGCUACCGUGGCGACAAAUUCGGUCGAAUCGCUCCUUAUACUACUUGCCGCCGGCAGCGUCGGAGCCAUCUUCUCGUCCACUGCCCCGGACAUGGGACCUAAGGGUAUCAUCGAGAGAUAUGCUCAGAUCCAACCCAAAGUCUUAUUUGUCGAAUCCACGGUUCUGUAUGGGGGACAGAGGCGGAACCAGCGAGAAAGGCCCAAGGCGGCCGUUGGAGAGCUAAAGAAACGGGUGCAGCAGCUAGAGCUUGUUGUUGUCAUGACAGGGCCGGCCUGGAAUGAUACAGGCGUUAUCCACCUGAAUGACUUUCUCAACGCCGAAUCCCUUCCACUGGAGUUCGCCCAACUUCCAUUUGACCAUCCAAUCUACAUCCUUUACUCCUCCGGCACCACAGGGCCGCCGAAAUGUAUCUGUCAUGCUGGCGAUGCCGCCCUCCUUCAACAGAAAAAGGACUUGAUUCUUGGUGCCGAACUGGGAGAAGACUCGACGUACUAUCAGUAUACAACAAUUGGCUGGAUGAUGUGGAAUAUGCAGGUCGCUGCUCUAAGCAUUGGGUCGAGAAUCGUUCUAUAUGACGGCAGUCCGCUCCAUCCCUCGCCAUCAUUCCAAGUCCAACUCCUGGAACAGCAGGGUGUCACUCACUGGGGUACAAGCCCAAAAUUCCUCGCGGCGCUUAGGCAUAGUCUUCCAGUAGUGUCCGGGGCACCCCUUCCAACGGAGACGAGCCACUGGUUCUACGCAAUGUUCCCUAAGCAAGUCGCCCUCCAAAGCAGUUCAGGAGGGACUGAUCUAGCUGCAGGCAUUGUUGGAGGCAACCUCAUCGUUCCUCUUCACGGACCCCAGCUCGCCGCUCCGAGCCUCGGCAUGCGGGUCGAGAUCUGGGACCAGAGCGGCAGAAACAUCGAGGAUUCGGGCCUGAAAGGAGACCCUGUUAUUACGAAGCCGUUUUUCAGCAUGCCCGUCACAUUUUGGGGUGAAGGGGGUCACGAGAAAUAUCGCAAGGCAUAUUUCGAUGUCUUCCCUGGCAUCUGGUGCCAUGGCGACUUCAUGUCCAGGGAUCUUAAGACUCAAUGCCACAUUAUCCACGGUCGUAGUGAUGGGGUGCUGAACCCGGGAGGUGUCCGGUUUGGCACGGCCGAUCUUUACAACGUCCUUCACAAGUUCCCCCAAGUCGAGGAUUGCAUUGCUGUCGGACAGCGCCGGCCCAAGGACCACGACGAGCGCGUGCUUCUCUUUCUCAAAAUGAGGGACAAUACCCAGCUAGAGGACUCCCUGCGUGUAGAUAUCGCGAAGACCAUCAGGAAAGACUUGAGUGGGCGGCAUGUUCCAGCAUAUAUGUUUCAGGUUCGGGACAUCCCAUACACGCCGAACGGGGAGAAAAUCGAGAACCUCGUUAGAGACAUGGUGUGUGGGAAGAGGGUCAGGGUCGGCGGCACGGCGGCAAACCCGGAAUGCCUGAGGGAGUAUGAGCAGUAUUUUCAUCUGCCGUUGGUAGAAGAUAAAGCCAAGCUCUAACGUUGGGUAUGCAGCAGCACCC